UCUGGUAGGUUGCAAACGCUGGUAGGACAGCCCAACUAUGCUCCCUAGUGGUCAAGGCCCGAAUUUAAAGGACAUCAGAGAAGAAUGGAUCAAAGUUAGAGAAAGUUAGGCCUGUAUAAAGUUGAUAAAGAUGCAUUCAGUUCUGUUAGAAAAUAAUCACAUUGCAUAUUGGGUGUUUUCAUGAGAGAAACAGGAGUUUAUAUGUCUACUUCACCGAGAACAAGUGGAGUUGGUGCACUUGGCUACUUCGUCCCGACUCUUUCGUUGUGCUCAACCCCACCGCAUUGACAAAGACGGAUCCAAUGCGCGGUAGGCUACAGAGGGAAGAAAGGACAACACACGAACUAUAUUUCCACGAGGAGGAAAAUAAAUCGAUAAAAAAAAGAAAUUAUUCUACUUUAAAGGUCUCCUCUGCAGCCUCUGCUCUGUCCUGACUGAGAGCCACUGGUGUGUUGCCCACUUUCUCACUGCAUCAUGGGUACCUUCUCCAGCAAGGACGGCCAUGGACCCGCAGGGCCCAGCUUGGAUUUGUUCCAAACCCCUCCUACUUCUCCAGUGACCUCCACCCUGCCUGCUCUCACUCCGAUCACACCCUCUACACCAGGCCAGCCAGCAGCCCCAGCACCAGUCACAGCCCUAUCCCCAGCACCAGUCACAGCCCUAUCCCCAGCACCAGUCACAGCCCUAUCCCCAGCACCAGUCACAGCCCUAUCCCCAGCACCAGUCACAGCCCUAUCCCCAGCACCAGUCACAGCCCUAUCCCCAGCACCAGUCACAGCCCUAUCCCCAGCACCAGUCACAGCCCUAUCCCCAAUACCAGUCACAUCCCUAGCACCAGUCACAGCCCUAGCCCCAACUCCAGCACCAGUCACAGCACCAGUUACUGCCCUAGCCCCAGCCCUAAGUGGGAAGAGACUCCUGCCCGUCAGCCCAGGCUACUCUGUGAUUGGUCCUGGGUUUAUCUCCCUGCAAGGAAGGACAGGAAGUAAUGCAGCAGUGCCUGAAGGGGUGGUUGUGAUGGGGUGUAAUGGAGGCCCCACCAGGUCUAGUCCCAGGUUCCCUGUACCCCAGGGGAAGAGCUCAUCGAUGAGCCCCACCAAGACUCCUUCAUCCCUGGGUAGCUCCCUGUCCUCGGCCAGCCCGAUUAGCCUGGUCAACCCCUCGGGGCAGAGCGAGAAGGACAGUGGGCUGAGCCUGACCACGCUGGAGCACCAUGGGUCUGCGGACAACCAGGGUGAGAUUGAGAGGCUGGUGGAGGAGUGUAGGACAGCACUGGGUCUCAGUCCCAGUCAGUAUGCAACACUAAACAGCGCAGAUGUGUUGAAGCAUCUGCUAGUGGAGCGCCAGGAGUUGACCGCUGAGGUCCAGAGUCUGCGGGAGACCAUGCAGACGGAGCGAGUGGAGUGGAACCAGUUCCAGUCUGACCUGCAGGUGGCGGUAGCAGUGGCCGACCGACUGAGGGCCGAGGCCGAGGAGGAGCUGAACACGCUCAGAGCGGCUCAGAUGGAUACAGAGCGGGAGCUGGAGGCUGCCCAGCAGAGACAGAAAGAGACUGAUGGGCAGCUGGUCAGCCUGAGAGGAGAUCUGAGGGAGAGCAGGCAGAAACUGGUCCACCUCACCCAGAACCAGGGACCAGGACAGGCCCAGGCUCAAGCCAAGACCCAGGGCAUGGAGAGGGCUACUGGGGAGACCAGCACACUGGAGACCCAGGAGGGGACACACCGGGGAAGGGAGAGGGGGAUCAGCAGGUUUGGCCGAGGAAGAGGAGAUGACAAGAUGGAGAAGAUGAGUCAGGAAGAAGGGAAUAAGAAUAUAAGUGUGAAAGAGGCUCGAACGGACAUUAAGGGUGUGGCCAACAGGUACUUGAGGAACGUGACCAAUGAGGAGAGGAGUGGAGAGGAAGGGUGUAGCAUGAGGGAGACACAGAGGAUAGUCACACAGGAGAGGGCAAGAAGCCUUUCCAGACUACCCGCAUCUUCAGACUCCCCUGCUGUAAUGAAUGGAACAUCCCAGUCCAAUACUGCCACAAUAGCUGGAUCUACAAACAAGAGCCAAAGUCAAACCAGAGGAAGAAAAGGGCUAGAAUGGCAAGACAGCUGGUUCAGCACUCACACAGGGAAACGGGAGGAGGCAUUGAACCAGUACAACUCUGCCCUGGCAGAGCUGCCCCCAAACACGACCUCUAAGACCAGGUCUCAGGAUGGCUUUAAUCUACUGCUACGCCGCCAUGGAGGCUCCAAGAGGAACUCUCUUCUGCGCUGGUGUCAGAGCCGCACUCAGGGCUACAAGAAUAUUGACAUCACUAACUUCAGCAGUAGCUGGGCGGAUGGUCUUGCCUUCUGUGCUGUGUACCACACCUACCUCCCUUCACACAUCCCCUACUGCACCCUUAGCCCUGACAACAAGAGCGAGAACCUCAGCCUGGCAUUUAAGACGGGAGAGAAUGUUGGAAUCACAACAUCACUGACCAUGGAGGAGAUGCUGAGGGCCGGAGGACCAGACUGGCAAAGAGUUCUGGGAUAUGUGGAGUGCAUGUAUCGUCACUUUGAGAUGUAACGCCCAGGACACUGUGCUUGAGGGAAACCUCGGCGGGAGGUACAGUUCACUGCUAUUGGUGGAAGGAUGGGGAGUGGGAGUCACUCCUCUACUAGCUGAUAUGGUCAUUGACAGCCAUGUAGAGAAAGUUAGGCUUUGUUGGCACAACAGAGCCCCCUUCUGGUCAAGAGUGCAGGUGCAGGUUGCUGUAAAUGUCUACACUGGGACCCCAUCAGAAGGUUACACAAAGUAACUGAUCUUAUCAUACCAAACCUUUGCUUGACUCCUAAACUUUUUCUCAGCAGUGCAAUCUAAAGCUGCUGAUCUGUGUCCAGUGCCUUUAGUACCACAGUCUUCCAUUUAAAACAUGUUCAUGUUUUCUGUCCGUUUUAGCACUCUGUAAAUAUGCACUUUUAAUAAGCACUUUGAUGAUUGUAAUUUAAAGGAGGAAGGGGGAAAGGGAGUGUAUGGAUGCAGUCUCCCUGUCUAGCAAUCCAUUGAUUCUUAUAUGUAACUAAAAUGUGAACGCUGACUAUGUUGCCAAAGAUGCAGAAUAAAUAAAAUGGGCAAUAUAAAGCUAACGA